CAGAUGGCCCCGAAUAACACAACUUCCAAUUCACCACUCCUCGAUCUCCCUCUUGAACUCCAGUAUGAGAUAAUCAGUCACUUACCAGCCGAUUUUCCCGGAAAGUUCAAUCUUCGUCGAACUUGCCGAUUCUUCUACAACUUGGUUCCCAAACCAACUCAUCCAGAACUCUUGGUCAUCGAGCGACAACCGUACUGCAAGAUCCGAAAUCUUUUAGCUUGCAAGUUAUGUCUUCGGCUUCGACAAAGGAGCAAUUUUGGGGAUCUGAUGCUACAUCAGUAUCCUGCCUGGGGCAAGACUUGUCCCGAAGACAGAUUCUGCGUUGACUGUGGAGUCAAAAAGGUAGAUCACUGGCCUCCACGUUAUACCAAAGGCUCAGUUGUCAAAGUUAUGGGAAAGACACAUGUAGUGUGCUUGAAGUGCGGAAAGAUUGGGGUGUGUGCCUCUACUUGCAAGCCCACAGUGAAGGGACAUUGUGUAGGAUGCUUCACUUUUGGUAAUGUAAGCACUGCCAUUGUAUCCAUAUCAUCACAAUUUGCUAACGGAUAG